AUGAACAACCUUUACGAGACGACGGAGCUCGCAAAGGUCAUUCGAAACGACGAGCUGUCAUUGCUUCAAAAGCGCACCCUCUACGACUACCUUAACUGUGUAUUCGCUACUUUCGGAGAUCAAACGAUUCGCAGCACCUCCGGAAGUGACAAAGCUAACGAUACUGCUCUUAAGCAGUCCGGUAAACGCUCUGAUAGCUUCAAAGGACUUGCUAAAGGUUUUAACAUUCUUCUCGAUAAUUGCGGCGCUACUCACUUUGUUAACGAUAAGAAUCUUUUAGUGCUAAGGUCAAUUCAGCGCUUCCGCUUAACCGACUUCAUCGAAGCUAGAACGAGUAGUCUCUUAGUCGUCGGGCGAAGGACCAAAGUCUUUAAAAGAGCUUUGAACGGACCAAAUGGAGCUAGGACGGAGGAUUUAAAGUUGGAGAACGUCGCUAUCGUCAAAGGGUUUAAUGUUAAUAUUAUCUCGGAAGCUCUUUUAAGCAAGGCUGGCGUGUGGUACUCGGGAUAUAACGCAACUUUCCGCUACGGGAAGGUCAAGGAAAGCGUCGUUUUAAGAAAGCGCUUGCAAACACGCCAUAAAUUCCAAAAGAGCAGUGUCUUCCGAGCUUUAAAGGAGGAUUUAUCGAUACUCUGGCAUUUACGGAUAGGUCAUCUAAGCAAAGAAGCGCUCGAAGCGCUAGCUUACAAUGCCAAGGGGGUGAAACUCAAAGGAAUCACUAAGGUUGAAUGUGAGGCAUAUGCUAUUACGCACGCUCAAUAA